AUUACUUAUGAAACUCGAAACACAAUCUCCACCAUGUGUUUUUCCAUUUCUUUAUGAGGGAAAAUAUUAUCCUUCGUGUACCACAGAUGGUUCCAGCAGGGAUAUGUCCUGGUGUGCAUUAACUGAUAACUAUGAUGAAAAACGCCUAUGGAAACAAUGUGCUGUUACUGAGUAUGGAGGCAAUUCAGGAGGAAAACCCUGUGUCUUUCCCUUUGUUUAUAUGAGUCAUGUUUACUACACCUGUGCAGGCAAAUCUGACCGUAAAGGGCCAUUCUGGUGCUCUACGACUGGGAACUAUGAUAAGGAUAAGAAAUGGAGCUACUGUGCUGAUACCAGACUUGAUGCAAAUUAUCCCACUAAUCCAUGCAUCUUUCCUUUUAUCUUUGAAAAUAAUCUUUAUUCAUCCUGUACAACAGAUGGAAGAUCUGAUGGAAGGCUUUGGUGUUCUAUUUCAAGUAAUUUUGAUAUUGAGCCUAUGUGGGUAUACUGUGAGCCUUCAGAUCCUGCCCCUUGUAGUUUCCCAUUCAUAUACAGGAACAAAUCCUAUUAUUCCUGCAUCACAGAUGGGAUUUUAUUCAAUCAGCUAUGGUGUGCCACAACGACAAACUACGAUAACGACAGAAAAUGGAAAUCAUGCUCCCUUCAAGAAUAUGGUGGGAAUGCCAAUGGCCAGCCUUGUGUCUUCCCUUUCAACUACAAAGGAGAGAUGGUUACCACUUGCAUUGAUGAGGAUGAGAAGAAUGAGAAGAAUGGGAGAUUCUGGUGUGCCACUACAGAAAAUUUUGAUGUGGACAUGAAAUGGAGCUUCUGUGCUGAUACACGUUUAAACAAGAAAAAAGGCAGGUUUGAAUCAAAUAACUAUCCUUUACCUCUACUAUAUCCAUUCAAAGUGUUAUCUGCAUUUAAGAAUUGCUAUGUCCCAAGCCUUUAUAAUGACACAUUUAGUCUGAUAGUCUAA